AUGUCGUGGAGACAGAACCUCGGCCAGACCGGUGCCAACACCAUUCCGCUGGGCAAGCGUCGCUUUGGCGGCAACGACGACUCCCCAUCUGUCGAACCCGAGUCGCGCGAUGUAAAGCGUGGUCGUAGCCCUGAGCGCGCACCACGCGAGCCAGAAUACAACCCGGACGGUACUAAGAAGCGUCGCAAGCGCAAUCGCUGGGGAGAUGCUUCCGAGAACAAGGCAGCGGGCCUGAUGAACCUGCCCACCGCCAUCACCGCGCCCAUGACCGCGGAGCAGCUCGACGCCUACGUGACCCAUCUGCGUAUCGAGGAGAUCAGCCAGAAGCUGCGCAUCAACGACGUCGUGCCAGCCGACGGUGAUCGGUGAGUCUGAUUUCCAUAUCCACUGUGCAAGGAUGCUCAAUGAGAUGCUAACAAACAAUACAGUUCACCCUCCCCUCCGCCUCAGUACGACAACUUCGGUCGUCGUGUCAACACGCGCGAAUACCGCUACCGCAAGAAGCUCGAGGACGAGCGGCACAAACUGAUUGAGAAGGCGAUGAAGAUCAUCCCUUCCUAUCACCCACCAUCUGACUACCGUCGUCCCACCAAGACCCAAGAGAAGGUCUACGUGCCGGUCAACGACUAUCCCGAGAUUAACUUCAGUAUGCCUUCUAACCCACUAAUCCUUCCUACUGCACCCAUCCUAGCUCUAAUUCUGCACCUUGUGUCCACGGCGAUCAAAAGCCGUACUAACCCAGCGCUGCUAACUUGUCACCCUCCGUUUUACACGAACAAUUACUAACACUUAGCUCUUCUCUACUAACAGUCGGCCUCCUCAUCGGCCCUCGCGGUAACACACUCAAGAAGAUGGAGACGCAGUCUGGUGCCAAGAUCGCCAUCCGAGGCAAAGGAUCCGUCAAGGAGGGUAAAGGCAAAUCUGACGCCGCCCAUGCAAGCAACCAGGACGAGGACCUACACUGCUUGAUCAUGGCAGAUACAGAAGAGAAGGUGAACAAGGCGAAGGAGCUGAUUCACAAUGUUAUCGAGACGGUAAGGAUACCAUACUCCGCCAUCCCUAUUUCUGCUGACGAUUUGUAGGCUGCUUCUAUCCCAGAAGGCCAGAACGAGCUCAAGCGUAACCAACUUCGUGAGCUCGCUGCGCUCAACGGUACCCUCCGUGACGACGAGAACCAGGCUUGCCAGAACUGUGGCGAGAUUGGUCACCGCAAGUACGACUGCCCACAACAGCGCAACUUCACCGCCAACAUCAUCUGCCGUGUCUGUGGCAAUGCGGGUCACAUGGCCCGAGACUGCCCUGAGCGUCGUCCUGGAUCCGAUUGGCGCAACAUGCCGCCACGUCGUGGACCUGAGAACGCCAUCGACAACGACUACGAGAAGCUCAUGAACGAGAUUGGCGGCGGCGAGACGGCGAAUCCCAAUCGCCAGAUCGGCUGGGAGGAGGGCGUUGCGCCUGGCGAUGCCAACGGAGGUGCUGCUCCAAAGGUUGCCCCAUGGCAGCGUGGCCCGACUGGCGCUCCCGCUCCUUGGCAGCGCCCAAGUGCAGGAGGCCCAGCUCCAUGGCAGCAGCGUUCUCACGACGAUGGCGGAUACGGAGGAGGCUACAACCCAGGCGCUCCAACUGGAGGACCACCGCCAUGGUCUCGUGGUGGGGGUGGUGGCGGCAGCAACUCCGCGCCGUGGCAGCAGCCUCAGCAGCAGAGCUACGGUGGUGGUCACGGUGGUAGCUAUGGUGGAUAUGGAGGUCAGCAGCCGUGGCAGACCAACGCGCCACCGCCGCCUCCACCGUCGAACGACAUUCCUCCGCCACCGCCCGGCGACAUUCCACCGCCACCACCUCCAGCUUAA